AUCGCGCAGUUGAUUGCUCUGGGCCUGACUCAGCCGACUGCGCCUCACCUGCAAUCCACUUCGCUCACUAUCGCUUGUAGUCAGCGAAGACAAAAAAAGCCUGGAUUGCCAUCGCCACGGCCUGCGCCUCGACGCAGCCAAGAGGAAGCGACAAUGGCGAGGGAGCUGUCCCCCUUCAGCGCGCGCCGGCUUCUUACGCAGCAGCUGGCGCAGGGGAGUAAUGGGCUCCCACAGCGCAAAAAGUCGCGAAGCCGCAGUCGCGAGGGAAGCUCAGGAAAUGCACCACCACACAAGGAGCCGCUUCCUGUACCAGAGCACCGCAGUGAGAGGCCGAUGAAGAGCUCAAGGCCACGGGAUGCAUCACGGGAGCGAGGCGUGAAAGAGGCGCCAUCCGCGGCAGGCAGAGAGUUGUCGCCAGAACCCUACAAGAAGCCGCGAGGAUCGUCAAGAGAGAGGAGGCGCGACAGGUCACGCGACCAUACGAGAGACCGCUCCCGCGACAGACGGCGAGACAGAGACGGAGGACGGGACAGGUCGACGGAGCGCAAGAGGAGCCGGUCACGGGAUCGUCGACGUGAUCGCUCUCGGGACAAGCGACGCGACAGAUCCAAGGACAGAGACUCGAAGAGGGACCGCUCCCAAGGACCAAGCACAGUCGGAGAGACCGCUCGCGCUCAGGAGACAGGAAGCGCAGGGACCGAUCCAAGGAAGGCCGUCGCUCCCGCUCUCCCCACCGCUCACGCAAGCAUCGAACCCGCUCAGCCUCCGCAACCUCCUCCUCCCCACCACCGAAACGUCGUCGCAGAACCCCAUCACGCUCUGCCUCUCCCCACCAGCGCACAAAGAAGCCCCUCCCCUCGCAAGAAAUAUCCUUCCGCGGCCUCGACGACUCAAAACAAGCGCCCUCCAAAUACGGCGGUGCACCCCCCGACAAGGAGAAGCCCAACUUCAAGCCCACGGGUGCCCUAGCCAAAGCCGCCAACCGCGUCGAGGGCACCAAAAUCUCCCUCAAAUACCACGAACCGCCCGAGGCCCGCAAGCCCUCGCCCUCGCAGCCCUGGCGCAUCUUCGUCUUCAAGGGCGAAGAUGUCGUCGACACCAUCGAGAUAUGGCAGAAGAGCUGCUGGCUGUUGGGCCGCUCCCAGGAGGUUGUGGAUUACGUGCUAGAGCACCCGAGCUCGAGUGGCCAGCAUGCCGUCAUACAGUUCAGAUACAUCCAAAAGACAGUCGAGGAUGAAUUUGGUGUCAAGACGAAGAAGGGAAGAGUCAAGCCGUACAUCAUCGACCUGGAGAGCAGCAACGGCACGGAGCUGAAUGGCGAGAGCGUCGAGGCGAGUCGGUACUUUGAGCUCAGGGACAAGGAUAUUCUGAAGUUUGCGGGCAGUGAGAGGGAGUAUGUGGUUAUGCUGCCCCCGCCUGACAAGCAGACUUGAAUAGGCGGACUGGGAGUAGAUAAUGUACAAAUACAAAGAAAUGUCAUGCACCUUCUGUUGGUGCUGGCUUACCUCUUUCCAA